AUGUUGCCGACCCUACAUGUUGAAGUCCUCUGCUCUUUUUCCCAGAGGGAAUGUCUCUCGAUCCACAUCGGUCAGGCGGGAGUCCAAAUGGGGAACGCCUGCUGGGAACUUUACUGCCUGGAACAUGGGAUUCAGGCGGAUGGCACCAUCCUGGGCAACCAAGCCGCUCCGAAGGUCGUGCCCGAGACCGAGCAAGUGGAUUCCUCUUUCGAGACCUUCUUUUGCGAGACGGCCUCCGGGAAGCACGUGCCUCGGGCGGUCUUCGUGGACCUGGAACCCACCGUCAUUGACGAGAUCCGCACAGGGACCUACCACUCCCUCUUCCACCCGGAGCAGCUGAUCAGCGGCAAGGAGGACGCUGCCAACAAUUACGCCCGAGGCCACUACACCAUCGGCAAAGAGAUCAUCGAUACCGUCCUGGGCAGGAUUCGCAAAAUGGCUGACCAGUGCAGCGGCCUUCAAGGUUUCCUGGUCUUCCACAGCUUUGGCGGAGGCACCGGAUCCGGCUUCACGUCUCUCCUGAUGGAACGGCUCUCGGUUGAAUACAGCAAGAAGUCCAAGCUGGAAUUCUCGGUGUAUCCCGCCCCGCAGGUCUCCACCGCCGUGGUGGAGCCGUACAACUCCAUCCUGACCACCCAC